UGGAAUUUCUGUAUGAACUGCAGUAUCAAUCAAAUGAAAUUAAAUCUCAGCUGGAAUCUUUGGUUGGUAUGCAUCUGGUUCAAAAAGAACAAGAUAGAGAAUCUGGAAUCGUAACACUCAUCUUUAAUAUAGUGUUUGCACCUAACAAACCAAUGAGAUCUCAUGUCUCUCUGGUAGUACAGUGCCCUGCAGCAGGUGUGUGGAAGUUUCCAAUGCUGUUCACCGCUACAGAGCCAGAAGUGGAUGAUGUCAUCAGCAUUGAAGCAGUUGGCUUGAAUAAGGAGUCUCUAGUUGGCUUUAAGCUUACAAGCCAGACAAGACACCCAGAGCCAUUCACUGCACACUUCCUGGCAGGCAGCGAUCCGGAGUUCCUUGUGCUGCCGCAAGCUGGAGAACUUCUUCCAGCAGGCACUGCAGGAACCCAUAUAACUGUGGGAUUCAAGCCAAGGAUGUAUGGCAAGAAGCACAAAGCAACGCUUGUAAUUCAGACACAAUCAAUGCAGUGGACGUAUGAAAUCAAUGGAGUGCCUCCACAGACCGUACCACCUACAGCGCCAGCAAAAGUCGUUUCCACUAGCAGUUACAUAAAACUGGCCACGGUUCGACAGCCCAAUUUUCUACGUGAAAAUCUCAAACUUACAACCACUGCAGUAUCCUCACCAAUCAAGGGGGCACCUUUGGUCCUGAGGACAAAAUAG